UUCGCUGGUGAUUCGUUACAGUCACUUCGCCGCUUGAGAUCAGUUGCAAACAUUGCUGAGGAGUAACAUGAGCAGCAUGUGCAAGUGAAAUCGAAUCACGUCAAAAAUUUGCCAAAUGCUUUAUUUUCGUUGCAAUCAAAUUAUAUAGGACGCAAAUACUCUGUGCCAUAGUGGCUUUCUGAGUGAGAGGGAACUUUCUUCAUAGUCGGACAAACUUCCUGUGAGUAGAGACAGUCAUGGCGGCGUUCAGAAGGGGAGUGCAGUCUGUUGGCUUGUUCAGGUGUUCUUGGAGCGUGCUCAGUUCUAGCAGACACAGGAUUGUUCGGAUUCCUCUGCUGCUGAGGAGUAACUUCCUCUCUCUGGGAGCGGGCGGGGGGCUCUGUGCUGUCCCCUUUUCAAAGCAAGCUGAGAAUCUGUCCCAUGAGGCACUGAUCAGGCGAGCCUCCUCCUUGGUGACGGACAGUGCCAACACCUAUCUCUCCCAAACUACCCUUGCCUUAGUCGACGCCCUGGCACAAUACGCUAAGGCAGUGCACACGCUGAUUGCCCUGCAGAAGCGCUACAUGAACUCAAUUGGUAAACUCACCCCUGCGGAGGAGGAUGCCAUCUGGCAGGUUAUAAUUGGAGCUCGUGUGGAGAUGAACGACAAGUUGGACACAUGCAGACACUUUGAAUCAAACUGGAUGAAUGCAAUAAACCUGUCAGAGCUGGCUGCUGAGGCUGCCUAUAAUGCAGGAGCAGACCAGGCCUCUGUCACGGCACGCACCAAUCUGAACAUGGCCCAGACGCAGGUAGAAGAAAUGAAGCGGCUUUCUUCGGAGGCUGAGAAGCAGCUGGCUGAAGUGAAGGUGGAGGAGAUCCAGAGAACUGCGGCGCAAGCUGCAGCCACCAGAGCCUUUGAGAAAGCUGGGAAAGGAGAUGCCCUUUCAGAGGAUGAUGUUCCCGAGGCCUACCUCCGAGAAGACUAGCCUAGCAUUUCAGUAAUGGAGUGCAUUGGCCUGGCCAGUGUAGGGCCCAUAUAUCUCCUAUUUGCUGGAUAGACAAAUCACAAAAGCUUAAUUGCAAAUGUAAGCAAGAUAAAUAUUCAGCUGGAUGUGACUAUGAACCUUUUUCAUUUGAAAAACAGCUUAAAUCCAAAAGCAAAUUGUGAAUGUUGAAAUUAAUACUUUUGUCUCGGCACAAAAGUAAAUUGCACCCAACAUAAAGCAGUUUGCUUUUCUUAACCUGCGUAGUUCACCCAAAGUGUCUGCUUAGUGUUUAAGGACUAGGACUUUAAUCUCUGGCACGACAGUUACGUGGCUGUAAAAGAGAUUUUGCAUUUCUGGAAAUGGUAAUGUUUCACAAGGUUAAUAAAAUGGACCCUAAAGUAUUGUUGGGGAAAGGGUUAUACUUAUGUGUUUUGGGGAAAGAAAGGUAUUUCUUCUUAAAGAUUUCAUCGGGUUGUGGUGAGUUCCAUGAAGUGGACACAAACAGCCUACACUGGAAACACCUCUGUGCACAUAGUGAUUCACUGUCUUUCCUCUGGGAAGUGCCUGGCUGAAGGAAACGGGGCGAUAGAAACAAUGUGCAUCCUUUAAUUGAGGAAAGGGUCUGUUCAGAAAGCUUUAAACUAGUGGAGCAUAGUCAAUUCUGAUACAGUAUGCAGAAGAUGAAAAAACAUCAUGGUAAUGCUACUGUAUGUCAUGAAAAUUAUCUGCUUGUGGAAACGAGGCUAAUCUUUCUGUGAUUGUAAUUUUUUUUUAUCUGUGAAAAAGUGGUCCAUAACCACUUGUAAAAUGUGAAGUUUCUGUUUGGAAGUCAAAUAACAAUUGUUUCUUUUUUGGGUGUGAGUUAUAUUUUAUUUACAAUUGUGUUGGGAGUUGGUUUAAGCCAAGGUGUUAUACUGUGGUGUAAUUGAAUAGUUAGAAACAUUUACAUGUGUGAAGAAUAAAGUAAUGUCUCACGUCUGUAUUUCAUUUCCCCGCUCCAGCCACUUCUCUACAUUCCUGUGGUAAAAGACUCGGAACUUGAGUUUUUCACAUUUUACUAAAACAUGAUCUCAUCACUAGGAAAUCUGUUUUUUUCAUUUUUAAACUUUUUUUCUGAAAAAAAUAAAGUGGAGUUGAAAUUUU